CCCGCUCCCUCCCCUCAGCCCCCGGCCCGGGCGGGCUAUAAGAGGCGGCGGCUGCGGGGCCGGGCCGGCAGCGGCUGUGGAGCCGCCAUGAAGCCGCUGCAAGCACAACGUCCGACGGGACAAGGCGGCGGCCGGCGCCCCGCGGUGUUGCCGGAGGAGGCGGGCGGGUUGGCGGAGGCGCUGGGAGAGUUCGAGGCGGUGCUGGAGGAUUUCGCCUGCCCCGCCGGCCGGAGCCGCUUCCAUUACGGGGAGCACCUGGAACGCAUGAAGCGGAGGAGCAGCGCCAGUGUCAGCGACGGCAGCGGCCUCAGCGACUCCGAGAGCGCAGAUUCACUCUACAGGAAUAGUUUCAGCCUCAGUGAUGAAAAACUUAACUCUCCAACUGCAUCUACUCCAAGCUUGCCAUCUCCGCCAGUAACUCCUUGUAAAGCAAAACUUGGAGACACAAAAGAACUGGAAGAAUUCAUAGCUGAUCUGGACAGAACACUAGCAAGUAUGUGAAAUGAAUCUUUGGCACUGUUUGCCUCUGGGUGUCAUCUGAGGGGAUAAGUGACAUCAGUCAUGGAGAUCUGCUGCCUUUGUCUGAUAACUUUGUUACCCAAGAUAUUCACCUUCUGAACACAACCUUUGCAAACUCGUACAAGUAUUUAACUGGCAAACAUCAGUGUUGUUAUUUUGCAGCAGCUGGAAUCGGAUAACAUAAAUUUUCCAGCUAUAUUUUACUUUAAAAUAUAGCUUGAAUUUUAAUUUAAAGUUGCUUUUAUGAAAAAUAUAUUUGUAAUUUUAUAUAGUUGAGAACUUUUAAUGCUUUUUCCAUUAUAAUAUAUUUUUAUACAAAUAAACCCUGAACUGGAAUCCAGAUCUCUGAAACUUUCAUAUGAAGACAUGAACUGUGAAGGCAAAAUGUAUUACACUGUCUUUGUACAGAACUUCAUAUUGUUCCUAUCAAAUUGCUUCAGCAAGUGUUUUUUACCAUGUAAAAACUAACGCAGUCAGGAAAUUAAAGUUAGUUAAGUUUCUAUUUAUAUUAAAGGUAAUCUGAAAUAACAUUGACUUAGUACAGAUAUGAACAAUAGCGCCUAUUUCGAACCCUGUCUAAAAGCUGUAUUUAAAGUUACAUGUCAUUCUCUAUUAAGUACUAAUUAGGAGGUUAGGCGUUUAGGCCUAGGAGUUUAAAGAGAUAACUGCAGCAUUGAGGAAAUGCUCAAAUGUCCAGUGUCAGCAAAACCUUGCGUCCAAAAUAGUCUCCAUCUCUUCAAAAGGACUGCCUGACCAUUGCUGUUUUGCUGCAAGAGUGGAAGGUGAAGCUGUAUUGUUUUGUUUUGUAUAAGGAACCUGAUUCUUUCCAUAUGCAUUAAGCACUGAAGAUAAUGUGCGAGCUCUCCUUCAGCUGCUGCAGGCAUUACACUCAGCUCUGCUGUCCAAGCUGCUCAUGUGAUUGCCCCCUAAUCCAUUCAGGCAAAGUGAACUAGACUUGUUUAAGCUGCAGGUCUUAUUUUGAUUGUAGCAGGCUAGUGAACAGUCACAGAAGUGGUUCAAGUAUUGUGCCCCUUGGAGCUGUUAUCUUUAAAAAUGUGGCCAUGACUGGAAAAGGAUGCAUCUGCACCAAUGGCACAGUGACCAGCCUGUUUCUCAGGGGCUUAGCAAGUGGAUUUGAGCCUGUCUUCUGCAACCUGGGGAAAGGGUAAUCCGUGUUAUCUGAUAACAGAAGCUCUGUGGUCAAAUCUAUCCCUCUGCUUUGGAUUUUCAAACAAAUGAGCAAGAACUUG